GCUUCCUCGAAUCAAGGCCAAGUGGAAACAAUGGGAAUUGCAAGAAAGACCGCAAAGACGGAUAGUUGUAUUUGCCAAGCUUUCAACAUGAAUGUUUACAAUGUGUGUUGUAUUCAAAUCAUCAUCCGGGUUCAAUGACACUCGGGAACCGACUACACACACCGUUUUUUGUGUGCAUGGGAUGGCCAGGGGCGGGAGAGUGUGGGGUGUAAUACAGUAGGCGUUUGUUUUUGUGUUGCAUUUAUGGCGUUCCAUAGUUUUCCAACUUGGGUUAGCAAAAACUUGCGCUGGUGAUUAUUAAAAAGGGUCUCGAAUUUGUUUUUGGUGACAAAUACAAAAUCCUCAGACUUCUGGCGCAAAAAAAUACCCCAACUCUUGAAUACAUUUCCUGAUUAUGAGCAAUAAUAGGCAGGUACCAAUACUCAUUGAUUGUGUGUGUAUGUUAAGAGGCGUAAGAGUCCAGUUGUCAUACCGAAAAUUACGCCGGGCAUUUCAAGAUGGCAUCCGCUAGGAGUUUGUACGACGGUCUGACAACGAGCGAUGUCCCACAUCUUCGAACUAAUUAUUUAGGUAAAGGUAGAGGCAGGGCAAACCGUGUCAAGAAUACAACAAAUUCAGGAGAUACGGCUGAUGAGAAAGGAGCAACUGACAAACAAGAAAAUGAGAGAAUUUCACCAGCAGCAGUGGUUGAGAAUUCCACUGAUUCAGCUUCCAAAGCGGAAAGCAACAUUUUAGACCUACUUAAAAAGAUGUGUGCCACCAACGCUGAUGGAAUCAAGUCAUUGAAACCUGAAGAUGAAUCUAUAAUUGUUGAAAAAGUUCUUGAAAAUAUUUCGACUGGAGAAGACCUACAGAAUCUUGUGUCAGACAUCUACGACUGGACACUGUUAGAUCCAGCAUUGACAUCAUGUGUGGCAAGCCUGUGUGCAACAUUAGCAAAAUUUGAGAAAGACGGAGUGAUAUUCCGCUCGACAAUCUUGAGUCAUAUCAGAGACGGCCUCGAGUCCAGGGAUAUCUGGAAAGGAGAUCAGCCGAUGAGAUGGCUGGCGUUCGUCUGUCUGCUUUGUGAUCUGUUUGCGAUGAUGAAAACUGCUGCAAAUGGUUUUUUGAAUGUACUGAUUGAACCUGUGUACUCAUGCUUGCAGCAGUUGGUGACGGACAAGAAUGGCUCUGAAAAACAAAUUGAGUACGCCACUCUCAAGUUGAAACAGCUUGGACAGAUUCUUCAGGGAAGUGAUCCUGCUAAGAUGGAAAUCUUGAUGGAUAGCCUCAGGAAUCGAUUCCUUGGGACGGGAGUUACAGCAAAUAGCCGUGUGCACUUACUUGAGACAAUCGAGUUGUGUGCUGGUGGAUGGGCGUUUGACGACUCAACUACCAGUGCGUAUGUGCAACUUCAUCAAGAUACCAUGAAGGGAAAUUGAGUCUUUGGAUAGACCUCCUUUAGGCAAAGUGGCAGUGCUACAAAACUUGAGAUGGGGAUCGUUGGAAAUGAAGACAUGGGAUUUGUGGUUUUGAAAUAGACAAAACUUCAUCGAGAUACAAAGGAGGGAAUAAGAGUCAUUUGAUAGUCCUUUUUCAGGCACAGUCAUGACAGUGGCAGUGCUACAAAUCUUGAGAUGGGGUUUGCUGGAAAUGAUGACAUUGGAGUUUUGAAUAGGACGUGGUUGUCGUGAGCUCUAUGCAAAAACACAAGAAAAAGAACGAACUUGGGAUCUUCUGUAAGUGUUUGCUGCGAUUCAGAACAGUUGGUUGUGGGUGUUCCUGGGUGUUCAUGGGCGUCUAUGGGAACAUUAAAUUGGUGUAAGUUAUUUGGGUGGUAGGUGUCAAAUGGGUGGUGGUAGGUGUCAAAUGUGUGUAUGGUGUGACUGAUGGGGAUUUGAGUUGAAGGCUAAGAACACAUUGUAGGUGCAUGUGAAGAGAGUGGUUUAAGGUUGUGAGUGGGUGUUAGAUGUAAGGCGACUGGGUUCUGGGUGUGGGGUAAGCGUAGGUAUGCUAAGGGUGUGUGUGGGUGUCAGAUGUAAGGCGCCUGGGUUCUGGGUGUGGGGUAAGCGUAGGUAUGCUAAGGGUGUGUGUGGGCGUUAGAUGUAAGGCGACUGGGUUCUGGGUGUGGGGUAAGCGUAGGUAUGCUAAGGGUGUGUGUGGGUGUUAGAUGUAAGGCGACUGGGUUCUGGGUGUGGGGUAAGCGUAGGUAUGCUAAGGGUGUGUGUGGGUGUUAGAUGUAAGGCGACUGGGUUCUGGGUGUGGGGUAAGCGUAGGUAUGCUAAGGGUGUGUGUGGGUGUUAGAUGUAAGGCGACUGGGUUCUGGGUGUGGGGUAAGCGUAGGUAUGCUAAGGGUGUGUGUGGGUGUCAGAUGUAAGGCGCCUGGGUUCUGGGUGUGGGGUAAGCGUAGGUAUGCUAAGGGUGUGAGUGGGUGUUAGAUGUAAGGCGACUGGGUUCUGGGUGUGGGGUAAGCGUAGGUAUGCUAAGGGUGUGUGUGGGUGUUAGAUGUAAGGCGACUGGGUUCUGGGUGUGGGGUAAGCGUAGGUAUGCUAAGGGUGUGUGUGGGUGUUAGAUGUAAGGCGACUGGGUUCUGGGUGUGGGGUAAGCGUAGGUAUGCUAAGGGUGUGUGUGGGUGUUAGAUGUAAGGCGACUGGGUUCUGGGUGUGGGGUAAGCGUAGGUAUGCUAAGGGUGUGUGUGGGCGUUAGAUGUAAGGUGAAUGUGUUCUGGUUGUGGGGAAAGCCGUACUAAUGGUGCGUGUGGGCGUUGGUGAGAAUCAAAAGGUGUAAUGUGUACAGUUGAAGCUGAGUGGAGUUGUUGGAUGUUGGUGGUAAUUGAAGUGCUGAGUGGGUGCCGGGUGCCUUUACAGCUGAAUGGGUGUAAGUGGGUGUGCUCAAGGAGGGGUAUGACUGGGUGUUGGUUUGAGUCAAGGAAUGUGAUAAGAUGGGUGUGGUGGUUGAGGAGGGAGUAUUUGAUGUGAGAUGGAAUCGGUUGUGUCCAUAAAACAUGUAAUGAUACUUUUUGAAAGUGAACAGCUCAGUAUGGGCUUUAUUUAUUGCCCCCGAUACGGGGGCUCAGAAGAAAUACUCAGAUGUGUGCAUCGUGCUGCCAAACAAGAAAAGCGGAGACAGUUUUUCAACUUAAAAUGUUUUUAAUCCGAUAUUAAUCAGAAAGGGAAGAGCAUACUGUUUAUUUGGUGUUUUGUUCCUAGAUGAAGUUGAAGUCGUGGCAUUGUUCAGUUUUUGUUUUUAAGAACUUUUUAAAGUUAUUAUGGGUCAUGAACCUCUUCAAAUCAAAUCUGAGAAUGGAACUAUGUAAUUUUAGCAAUGAGUUCUUAUUUUUGAUUUAUUUACUGCUUGCCCCGACGUCAUAUGUGGCUAGUGUCCAGUGGCAUAUAAAAGAAGGUGGGGCAUUGAAUGGUUUGAAUCAAUCACAUUCAUGGCACUUGUAAGCAUGCGGUAUGAUAUCAUGCUAACCCUUAACCAAUAUGCAGUCUGUGAUAGAUUAACUAUGCCAGCUUGCAUUGUAAAUGCAAUCCAUCUACACAGUGUAUACACAGUUACGUAGUUAUGUACAUGUACAGUGAACAGAAUGACUUUGCUGUUAAAUGAUUUUAAAUGGUUGGAAAACUCACUGGAAAAUAAUACAAAUAUUAUGUUAAAAAUCUAUGGCAUUUUUUUCUUCUCCUAAUUAUUAUUAUUCUCUUAUACUUUUUAACUUGACUUGAGAAUUGUUUUGUAUAUAAUUCCCAAAAGCCAUUUCAAAAGGGUGAUAGAAAAGAUACAUUUCAUAAUUUAGAUUUAUUUGAUUUGUUCAAACUCAAAAUUUUGCCAGUCUUGAAGGCACUAAAUUCUUAUCAUUAUUUUUCUUUUAAAGGUAAAGGUAUGUUAAGUGGUUGUAAUGAGCAAAAUAAUUUCAAGAAUGUUUUUUAAUGAUUUUUUAUUCAACUUGAUACGGAUAAUGCAAGUGCCAAAUGUUCUGAGAAAUAUUUCCAUCUGAAAUACCAAUUGAUGAUGAGUAAAAACAAAAAAGUUGCCCCAACAAAUCAAAAUACAGGCCAAAAUAGAUAAUUGAAUGAAUUUCUUUUCCAAAUAACAUUGACAAAUCAUACUGUACCUUAAAAUGUUGUGUUGCGUGUCCUGGCCGAGUGGUCUACAUUAGAGCAUCAAACUCAAAGUAAAAUUAUACAUGUAUGCAACAAGUAAAAGCUCAAAAUUGUCCCCGUUUUUCCCAUUCCCCAUUUCCCGAUUUUAAAUGGGUCUGUUAAAACCCUUUUGUUUCAAUAUUGUCCCACAUGGAUGAACUGCAUGUAAAAUCUUUAAACAAUUUGUAAUUGUGGCCACUUUAUGUUGAAUUUUUAAUGUUUGGUAAACAAAAUUCUAACAAGAUUAAAAUCUGAAUAAGUGCACUUA